UCCACGCACGGCCGCCAUUCCACAUUUCGAGCGAAUCUCAACUGUCAGUUUGUGAAUUAAUUCGGCGGCUCUUUUUUGGAAUUUUUGAUCUGUGGUUUUCUGGUGAGUGCGAAAGCAGUGAGCUGAAGCGGGGAGUCAAGAUGGUGUCCGUCAAAAUUGUGCUGGUGUCUGCGCUGCUGGUGCUAGCGGUGUCGGCGAAGCCCCCGCGCAAGCUCAAACGAGAUGCGCCAUUGAGCAACUCAUACCAGCCGCCGCGGCCGUCGAGCAGCUACGGCGCGCCUUCGUCCGGCGGUGGACACGGCGGCGGCUUUGGCGGAGGCUUCGGUGGUGGCUUUGGCGGCGGCUUCGGCGGUGGUCAUGGAGGCGGACAUGGAGGCGGCCAUGGAGGUGGUUUUGGUGGUGGCCAUGGUGGUGGAAGGCCUUCAUCUAGCUAUGGCCCUCCCAAGCCUUCCAGCAGCUAUGGUCCGCCCAAACCAUCCAGCAGUUACGGUGCUCCUCCUUCGAGCUCGUAUGGAGCGCCAGCUCCCUCAUCGAGCUACGGUGCACCCGCCCCUUCAUCCAGUUACGGAGCACCUGCCCCGUCAUCCAGCUACGGCGCCCCAGCGCCUUCAUCCAGCUACGGAGCCCCAGCGCCUUCGUCCAGUUAUGGUGCUCCGGCUCCGUCCUCCAGCUACGGUGCACCCGCCCCGUCUUCUAGCUACGGUCCUCCCCCUUCACGCCCAUCUUCGAGCUACGGAGCACCAUCUAAGCCUUCAAGCUCCUACGGAGCGCCAGCCAGACCACCCGCAACGAGCUACGGUGUACCCACUGGCCCGUCCACCACGUAUGGGGCACCCUCAAAGCCAUCCAGUAGUUACGGCGCCCCCGCUAAACGUCCAUCCAGCUCGUAUGGAGCCCCCGCUAAGCCACCGUCCAGCUCAUACGGCGCACCUCCUUCAAGCUCAUAUGGUGCCCCUGCUGCACCGUCUAAUUCAUACGGUGCUCCUGCUCCAUCGAGCUCGUAUGGUGCCCCGGCGCCUCCAUCAAAUUCUUACGGCGCCCCCGCGCCAUCAUCAUCGUAUGGCGCACCUUCUGGUGGCUCGGGACAUGGUUCCUCAGGCUUCAGCAGCAGCAGCUUUGGCGGUAGCAGUUUUGGCGGUAGCAGCUUCGGCAGUAGUGGUUUUGGCAGCAGCGGCCCUUCCUCGAGUUACGGAGCUCCCGCUCCUUCGGCUCCUUCUAACAGCUACGGCGCCCCUGCUCCUUCUAGUUCUUACGGCGCUCCGGCAGCGCCGUCUAGUAGCUACGGUGCGCCAUCCGGCGGAUUCUCUUCGGGCGGCGGCGGUGGCUAUUCUUCUGGCGGUUCUGGCGGCUACUCCUCAGGCGGACACGGCGGUUCUGGUGGGCACGGCAGCUCUGGCGGGCAUGGCGGCGGCGGUUACUCUGGCGGUGGCGGCGGCGGCGGUUACUCGGGCGGUGGCGGCGGCGGCGGUUACUCGGGCGGCGUCCCGGCCACUAUCAACCAGAGCUACGAUUCCAACGGAGGUUACGUCUAUUAGAAAACCAUUGCAACUCUUAUGUGAUAAGCAAAUUCGUGUCAGUCAUUUACUCGUACGCGGUUUGCGAAGACCCGCCCCGAACGGCCGCCCCGAGCGCGCUCGAGCUGCCGCCGAUUCGCGAUGUCCGAAUGAGAUUGUUACGUUAUUGUAUUUAGUAGUUUCGACACAUAUCUCUUUCCAAUAUCCGAAGCAGCGCUGGUCCAGCACUUUCAUCUGAAUCGCUCGCGUUUAGGGCCUUACGUCAAAUGCAGUUUUGCGAAAACUUCUUUCUAGGUAUACGGUAUUAUUUGUGAUUAUAAGAGAAGUAAACAAAAAGAUGUCGUGGAAGAACGGUAUUGCAAUUGCAUAGUCUCUCUAUAGAUAUUUAUGUUCAGUCAUCGCGUCGUUCUACAAACAUAUUGCUUUUUUAUUCGUCGAGUGUAAGCAAAAACAAAUGCUGAACGAAAAGUAUUAUUUAAUUGUAAUAAAGAACUGUACAAAAUUAGAUUAAGU